AUGGCCGAUCAGCGGGCACAGAUGCAGUCGCUUUCGGACGAAUACCAGAGUCUGCAGACAGAGCUCUCUACCCUCAUAUCCGCGCGACAGAAGCUGGAGUCCCAACAGCAGGAAAACACUAGCGUACAACGGGAGUUCAAAGACCUAGACGAGGAUGCUACAAUCUAUAAGCUUGUAGGUCCAGUUUUGUUGAAACAAGACACUGUCGAGGCCAAGAGUACGGUGGAGCAGCGGCUGCGGUAUAUUGAGGAGGAGAUCAAGCGCAUCGAGGGCAGUAUACAAGGACUGCAAGAAAAGAGUGAGAGCAAGAAGAUGGAGAUCAUGCAGAUCCAGAAUCAGAUGCAGCAGGCUCAGUCGUAG